UAAAUAAUAUGGAUAUUUUUAAUAAUGUACGUGAAGACAUCAAUGCCAAAUUUUCUGUUUAGAUUUCUGCAAAAACACAACCUAAUAAAGGUUUCCUUCUUUAAAAUACAUGGAAUUGUGAUUAACACUUAAAGGUUUCUGCCGGCAUAGUCAGUUGGAGACCAUCUUUACAGCCCUUAUCAAUCCAAGAAACUUAAAAGCAAUCUGUACCGUAAAUUCAAUAUUUCAGCUUAUAUUUUUUAAUAUUUACUGAUUGAUAUUUACUGAAAUGAUUCAAAGGGCAACAAAGGUUACAGGGAGAAGGCAGGGGAAUGGGAUUGGUCACAAAUUAAAAAUCAGAAUGAAUGAAGAAUUCCGAGCAGCAACUUUGGUUGGUAAAGAAGUCAGCAUUUUAUAUUUCAGUGAUGGACAUGUUACAGUUCCACAUGUCAGGUAACUAAGGUGACUCCAAUCAUGAGGGGAAUAGAUAGGGUAAGUGCACAGUCUUUUUUCCGGGAUAGGUGAAUCAAGAAUCAUAGGCCAUACCGCGUGGGUAUACUACGGGAUAUUUUGUUUCCUUCCACACUCCAAAAUCGUAGAUGUUUGUAGGUUAAUUGGGUUGGUAUAAGUAAAUUGUCCCUAGUGUGUGUGUGUGUGUGUGUGUAGGAUAGUGUUAGUGCACGGGGAUCGCUGGUAGGUGCGGUUUCGGUGGGCCGAUGGGCCUUUUCCACGCUGUAUCUAUAAACUAAACUCUGUGUAGGAAGGAACUGCAUAGAAACAUAGAAAGUAGGUACAGGAGUAGGCCAUUCGGCCCUUCGAGCCAUUCAAUAUGAUCAUGGCUGAUCAUCCAGAAUCAGUUUUCGCCCCAUAUCCCUUGAUUCUGUUAGCCCUAAGAGCUAUAUCUAACUCUGAAUACAUCAAGUGAAUUGGCCUCCACUACCUUCUGUGGAAGAGAAUUCCACAGAUUCACAACUCUCUGGGUGAAAAGGUUUUUCCUCAACUCAGUCCUAAAUGGCCAAACCCUUAUUCUUAAACUGUAACCCCUGGUUCUGGACUCCUCCAACACCGGGAACAUUUUUCCUGCAUCUCGCCUGUCCUAUCCCUUAACAAUUGUACAUGUUUCUGGAAGAUCCGCACUCAUCCUUCUAAAUUCCAGUGAAUAUAAGCCCAGUUGAUCCAUUCUUGCAUCAUAUGUCAGUCCGGCCAUCCCGAUAAUUAACUCCCUCAAUAGCAAGAAUGUCCUUCCUCAAAUGAGGAGUCCAAAACUUCACACAAUACCCCAGGUGCAGUCUCACCAGGGCACUGUGCAACUGCAGUAGGACCUCCUUCCUCCUAUACUCAAACUCUCUCGCUAUGAGGAUACUGCAGAUGCUGGUUUACACCAAAGAUAAACACGAAACAUUUUGUGUUUAUCUUAAACUAAAGGGUGGUGAAUCUGUGGAAUUCAGAAGGCUGUGGAAGUCAGUGGAUAUAUUUAAGGCAGAGAUAGAUAGAUUAUUGAUUAGUACGGGUGUCAGAGGUUAUGGGGAGAAGGCAUGACAUGGGGUUAGGAGGGAGAGAUAGCUCUACCCCUAUCUUAUGAACUUGUGCAACUCUCCACUGGACUUGAGCGCACGUCGCUCACAGGGGAGGGUGGGCGGGCGGAGGCGGCGACAAGCUGACGCAGGAGGUAAGAGCGGGGUUUGUAAUCUCCGGGGAUGCUGUCACUUCCCCAAAACACCAAGUGCAGCUCGGCGGCCGCACAUAAAACUCAGUCUUUGCCUCCGCUUUCCGAUGUGAAACAAGAACAAAAUCUCCCUCCACGCCCGCCGCGACUUUCCUUCCACUCUAUCUCGGAAUCGCUGCGAACGGAUCACCAGAAAGGGCCGGAGAGACCAUCGGCGCAGGCGCGAAAUGAACCUCACUUCAGGGAGCAUCAAUAAAUCAGGAGCGACCCCAAAUCAGGGACUGUCUCUAAAUCAGAGAGCGUCUUCAAUUCGGAAACUCUAAAUCAGGGAGCGUCCUUAAAUCAGACUAAAUCAGGGAGCGUCCCCAAAUCAGGGAUUCUCUAAUCAGGGAGCGUCCCCAAAUCAGAGACUGUCUCUAAACAAGAGAGCGUCUUCAAUUCGAAAACUCUAAAUCAGGGAGCGUCCUUAAAUCAGACUAGAUUAGGGAGCGUCUCCAAAUCUGGGAGCGUACCCAAAUCAUAGAAUCUCUAAAUCAGGGAGCGUCCCCAAAUCAGAGACAGUCUCUAAAUCAGCGAGCGUCUCCGAAUCAGUAACUGUUUACAUCAGCGAGUGUCCUUCAAAAAGGGAAGAGACGGAGACUAAGACUUUGCCUCCAUCACAGUGAGGAUGUGCUUAGUGAACUAACUCACUGAUAAGGAACAAAAAACGCAAAUUAAGCGCUGGUAAAUUAGAUAUUAUGGGUACAAUUAUCGUCAGCAUGGACCGCGGUGGGCCAAAAAUCCUAUUUCUAAUCUUAUUAAGAAUCACAAUAAAUAUAUUUAGCUGCCAAAAAUCGGCCUCUAAGCUCUUCAUUGAACGAUGUCUUUUGGGUUUGGGAUUUGAGGUGACUGUACGGAGUUUGUACGUUCUACCUGGGACCUCUUCGCUUUUCUCUAGGUGCUCCAGUUUCCUAGUACAUUCCAAAAACGUACAGGUUGUAGGUUAAUUGGCUUCUGUAAACAUUGUAAAUUGUCCCGAGUGUGUAGGAUAAUGUCAGUGUACGGGACCAGCUGGUCGGCGCAGCGGACCAAAGGACCCGUUUCUGCACUGUAUCUCUUAAGUCUAAAGUCAUCCCACGCUCUUGUUUUGUAGUCCAGAGAGUGAGUAAAUAUAGAAUAUUUUUGUAAGGAUAUGAAUUUCAGUGAAAGAUGGAGGGAGUAUGUGUGGGAGGGGGAUGUACCGCUUUCCUGGAACCACAGGAAAAAAUGUCUCUUGAAAAUAAAACUGUCAGUUCAAAAUUUCUGUCCUGAAUUUACAAUGAUAACUUUGAACUACUUUACAGAGGAUGGAAGUUUUGCUGAUGGGGGACUUGAACCAAACUUCCUAUCAAUAUGUGACUGACAUUUAUCAAGUACCGACUGCCAUUGGUCUUUGAUUAAAAGAGAAAAAGUGACUACGUGUGGAUGUAUCAGUGAGACGGUAGAAUAACUGGUAAACAUACGUGAUAAGAAUGUCACGAUAUGUUUGCUGUUGAGAAUUUGAACCAACUGCACCGCCUCAAAAGUCAUCAGAAUAUCCACGAGAAGAAACUUGGCACCUGAGUCUGUGGUCGGACAAGGCUUCAAGUGAUCGUGAUCAAGUAACCUGGAGAGUCACAAAGACACUGAGGCGAUGGAGAAUCCGUGCAAAUGUGGGGCCUUUGGGAUGGGAUUCCGUUUCCCAUCCCAGCUGGAAAUUCACCAACGGGCUCACACCAAGGAGAGUCCGUUUGGCUGCUCCUUGUGCGGGAAGGGAUUCACGCGCUCAUCCCGCCUGUUGACACACCAGCGGAUUCACACCGGGGAAAAGCCCCACACCACCUGCAUCGUGCGUGGGAAGGGAUUCACCGAGUCGUCCAAGCUAAAGGCGCACCAUCAGGUUCACAGCGAGGAGAACACUUUAAAUUGUUCCAACUGCGAAAUGAGCUUCAAAAGCUCGCAGUACCUGCGGAGGCACCAGCAGGUUCACACCACAGAGAGGCCAUUCACCUGCUCCGUGUGCGGGAAGGGAUUCACUCGUUCGUACAGCCUCCUGCUGCAUGAGCGGGUCCACACUGGGAAACGACCGUACGCCUGCUCCAAGUGCGGGAAGGGAUUCAACCAGUCGCCCGACCUGCUGAGACACCAGCGGGUUCACACCGGGGAGAGGACGUUCACCUGCGCCAUGUGCGGCAAAGGAUUCACCCGAUCGUCCAACCUCCUGGUCCACGAGCGGGUUGACAUUGGGAAAAGGCAGUUCGCCUGUUCCGCGUGCGGGAAGGGAUUCAACCAGUUAGCCGGACAAACGGGUCCACACCGGGGAGCGACCGUUCUCCUUGUUCCGCGUGCGGGAAGAGAUUCGUCUCUUCAUCGAACCUGCUGGUUCAACAGCGGGUCCACACUGGAGAACGGCCAUUUUCCUGCCCCGUGUGCGGGAAAGGAUUCAUUUGUUCAUCCAACCUCCCGGUGCACCGGCGCGUUCACACCAGGGAGAGGCCGUUCCCUGCUCCAUCUGUGGGAAGGGAUUCACUCAUUUGUCCAAUUUACAGACGCACCGGCGAGUUCACAGUUGACGGCUCGGUUUAGAUUUUGCCGUGAUUUAGAAACAUAGAAACCUAGAAAAUAGGUGCAGGAGUAGGCCAUAUUAAUGAUCUGGAUGAAUAUUAAUGAUCUGGAUGAGGGAAUUGAAGGCAAUAUCUCCAAGUUUGCGGAUGACACUAAGCUGGGGGGCAGUGUUAGCUGUGAGGAGGAUGCUAGGAGACUGCAAGGUGACUUGGAUAGGCUGGGUGAGUGGGCAAAUGUUUGGCAGAUGCAGUAUAAUGUGGAUAAAUAUGAGGUUAUCCAUUUUGGUGGCAAAAACGGGAAAGCAGACUAUUAUCUAAAUGGUGGCCGAUUGGGAAAGGGGGAGAUGCAGCGAGACCUGGGUGUCAUGGUACACCAGUCAUUGAAGGCAGGCAUGCAGGUGCAGCAGGCAGUAAAUAAAGCGAAUGGUAUGUUAGCUUUCAUUGCAAAAGGAUUUGAGUAUAGGAGCAGGGAGGUUCUACUGCACUUGUACAGGGUCUUGGUGAGACCACACCUGGAGUAUUGCGUACAGUUUUGGUGUCCAAAUCUGAGGAAGGACAUUAUUGCCAUAGAGGGA